AGAGCUCUUGGAAAUGAAUUGAUAAGAUGGCUGAACAAAGGCAGCGAGCUUUAUCUACAUCAGGAGAAGCAUUGUAUGAUAUCCUAGGCCUAACAAAAGGGGCCGCCCAUGAUGAAAUCAAGAAAUGUUACAGGAAGCUGGCUCUGAAAUAUCAUCCUGACAAGAAUCCUGAUAACCCAGAAGCAGCAGAAAAGUUUAAAGAAAUCAAUAAUGCUCAUGCAAUACUAACUGAUGUAUCCAAAAGAAACAUAUAUGACCAGUAUGGAUCAUUAGGGCUCUACAUAGCAGAGCAAUUUGGCGAAGAAAAUGUCAAUACAUAUUUCAUGCUUUCUAGCUGGUGGGCAAAGGGCCUGUUUGCUCUUUGUGGCCUUUUGACCGGCUGCUACUUUUGCUGCUGCCUCUGCUGUUGUUUCAACUGCUGUUGUGGCAAGUGUAAGCCCAAGCCACCAGAGGAAGAACAAGAAUUUUGCAUGUCUCCUGAGGACCUGGAAGAACAAAUUAAGACUGACAUGGAAAGAGAUGGGGAAUCUCCAAUUCUACUUCAGCAAAUGACAAAUGCAAGUGAGAAAACUCAGCUUAUUGGAGACAGUCAUCGCAGCUACCAUACAGAUUCAUAGACAAGGAGCCAUUGAAGUCUGGUUGAAUGUCACAGAAAAAAUACUGAAUGGAAAACUUGGUUAAAGCAUUUUCUCACAUUUUCUAGGUGUUCUAAUCUCAUUCCAUAGAUUUACUUAAGUCCCAUUGAAGUCAGUGAAAGCUGCUUCUGAGAAAAUAAACAUGUAUAGGAUUA